AUGGGUUUGAACCACAGGAAGAAUGAGCACAAUCUACACACGGCGAUCCCGUUGUUGGAUAAUGUCGGUCAAAUAGAGGGCUGGUACAAGUUUGACGAUGCUUAUUUGAGUCCGAGUGUGUUGUAUACAUCGUUUCCGCCGAGCACCAAGUUGACGAUAGGAUCACGGCAAUUGGAGAUUGAUCGUGCGGUGCCGGUAAAGGUGCGUUUACUGGAAGAGGAUGAAGACUAUCAUUUUUGGUGUAAGAAGAAGCAGCAUUCUCAGCGGAUCAACUGCGGCGAAUAUCACAAGGAUUUCGGUGACGUGGAAGUGGGAUAUUCUUUUAGCUCUCCUCAGACACACAUUUGGUUUGCCGGAUACGCGAUCCACACAGAGUGCUUUGAAAAUCUAUAUCUCUCAAGCCACUGCGCGUCCUUACGCAUUACUCCAGAACAUGUUAUACCGCCUGGUCACAAUGGCCCUGCACCCGGCCAGUUCUCGCUCAGGGACUUACCCAUAACGAAAUCACUAUUUCAAAUGGUCGUCGAAGAGGGCGCAGACUUCCCCAUCUACGCCACGGCCGUCCCUAAAAGAGUCGAAACCUCACAUGGCUAUAUCACUGAAAUGGUCCCCACUGCAGAAUUCGUCAACGACUGCGAAAGAGAUAUUAUCAAACGAGAGGCCUACGACGUCGGUGUAGGCAUCAGCCACGCCAGCGACCCUACGCAAUACCCCCCCACCUUCCCCCCCGUCAAACCAUUCGAACACCCCAGCUUGUUUUGGUCCUUCAUCCACAACGAACUGCUCAAGAAACGACUAGCAAGAGACGUAAGUUCCCCCCUCCCCCACUGCGGUUGUACCCCUCCCAGUAUGGUUGUACCCCUCCCAGUAUGGUUGUGCUCCCCCCUCCCAGUAUGGUUAUGCUCUUAG